AUGGAUGACUACGACCAACUCUACGGCUCUGACCGCGGGCCUCAAAUCACCAUUAAAGAGGCCGACAACAAGCAUGCUCAGAUUGUGUUGUCCAACUGCGACCUGGCCUUCGCGAACUCGCUACGAAGGAUCAUGUUAGCUGAGGUUCCGACAGUUGCUAUCGACACUGUAGAGAUCGAAGCAAACACCUCCGUCAUUCCCGACGAAUUCUUAUGUCAUCGCUUGGGUAUGAUACCGCUAGACUCAACCAACAUCGAUGAUAAGCUCAUCUACUCGCGUGAUUGCAUGUGUGAAAUGUACUGCGAGAAGUGCUCAGUCAUCUUGACACUCCAUGCCCGCUGUACUGGGGAGAGUAAUGUCACGGUCUACGCGAGAGAUUUGGUAGUCGCGGAGGGGGCACAGUUGGGAUCUCCGGUUAUCACAGACAAGGAGGGCCAGGGAGCUAUCAUUUGCAAAUUAAGAAAAGGGCAAGAACUCAAAAUGAAAUGCAUUGCGAAGAAGGGGAUUGCAAAGGAGCACGCAAAGUGGUCGCCUGUGUCGGCCAUGGGCUUUGAGUACGAUCCAUGGAAUAAACUUAGGCAUAUUGACUAUUGGUAUGAGGAAAGCGCAGAGGCGGAAUGGCCCAAAUCCAAAUAUGCAGAUUGGGAAGAGCCACCUGUAGAAGGCGAGCCCUUCAACUACGACGCUUUACCAUCUCGAUUCUACCUUGAUGUUGAAUCUGUUGGUUCCCUACCCCCCGAUGAGAUCAUGCAGCAAGGGAUCAAGUAUCUCCAGGAGAAGUUAGCAUCCGUUAUCGACACUCUAGGCAAUAAGAACGAGGGUGGUGAUGGUUUCGGUGACGGAAUGAGAAGCCCUGGACAGGAUUAUUCGAUGGGCGGGAUGGGGGGCGGCGGGGGAUACGAGACACCUUAUGGUGCUGGCGGCGGCCAAGACGCUAGAACACCAUAUGCCGGCGGCUUUGGUGGAACUACUCCUUAUGGUGCGAAUGGGAGAUGGUAA